GAACAAUUCCACUCGAAAUUUCCAGGAUGAAAUCAAAUGAACAAAAAUUGGCUAUCGCAAAAUCGUAGACAAUUGGAACUCUUUUCUUUUAUUCUUUAUUUCUUUUUUUUUCAUUUAUUUUUGAGGUUUCCAAAUUGCCACAGGUCCCACGCUGCAAACUAUGACCAAAAAAAUAUCUCCCCCGCCAUCCCCUUUGAUUCUUCGAACAGUUCCAAAUCAUUCAGCCUAACUUCACACUCCGUUUCUCAAUUCCACAGUUCUUCUUCUUUACGCUGACACAAAGGAUUAAACACUUUUCUAUAGACGCUAAACCGAAGAAAGAAGAAAAAGAAAGGUUUUUUCAGCUUUCCUUUGAGGCACAUCUUUAGCUUUGAUAUGAUGGAUUCAAUAUCAUCGGUGUCACCAUCUAUAGUUCUUCCACCUAAAAGCAGCAACCCUCUUCAGAAUACUCACCACCGGCAACGAAUCAUCACCUUCUCAUCUCCAUUCCUCAAACCCAGCUCUCAAUUUCGUCUUUCAUGGGUAAGGAGGCGAUGCCAUCAUCACAGACAAGUGGGUCACCGGCAGAGGAUUAGGAUGGACGGGACCGCCGGCGCCGGCGGUGGAGAAAGAGAAGAAGAUGAGAAUCGUAGGAGGGAUGAAGAGCUUGAGCGGGCUCUUCAUAUGGAUGGUACUAUUCCUGGGAGUUCUAACGAAUUCGUUAAGCAAGUAUCUUCUCGCGCUUAUAACAUGCGGAGCAAUCUUCAACAAACUUUUGAUAGCAGUAGCUAUGAUGUUCUGGAGGCUAAUCCCUGGCGAGAAUCCUCAAAACCUGUGUAUGUGCUGACCCAUGCUGAAAACCAGUUAUGUACGAUGAAAACCCGCAGAAACCGGAGCGAAGUUGAAAGAGAACUGGGUCUAUUGUUUUCUAAAGGUAGCAAAUGGAGAAAUCAGGCCAAGCCUUCUGGGAAUGGCUCAAAAUUUCAAAUGCUUGUUGAGGAUAUCAGGGAGUGUGUGCUAGUGUUCGAAGAUCAAAAUGAAGCUGCAAAAUAUUGCGACUUGCUUCAAGGUGGCGGCCAAGAUUGCGAAGGUGUUGCGGAGAUUGAUGCCUCAUCAGUAUUUGAUCUCUGCCGAAAAAUGAGAGCCCUUGCAGUAUUGUUCCGCCGGGGGAGGACUCCUCCUCUGCCUGAAAGCUUAAAACUGAAUUUGAGGGCUCGCAAGCGCUCCCUUGAGGACCAAGUAGACAUAUGAUUCAGGUUCCUGGAUUGCAAAGUUCUUGUGUAUCUAUAGUAAUUUAACACAUUUAUGUUUCACAGCUUGUAUAGCAUUUCUGAAAAUGGAAAUUUGUAUGUAUAGUUUCAUAGGUCGCACUGUAAGCCCCAUUUCUUAAUCAGUUGAAAACAUUUGACAGGAGUAUCAAAUUAUACUUUGGCACUUGUAUCUGUUACGGAAUUGUACGCUUAGUUACUUACCAUCUAAUUUGGUUGACAAAUGAAGCUUAGAAAAUCAAAAUGAGAAGUGUCAUGAUGAAUUUUAUUCCUGGAU